AAUAUUUUAUAUUCAGCAGGAAGCUGCUAGGAGCCUAGUGAAGGAGCGGGGAGCUGGAGGUGGGGGAAAGUCUUGCUGUCUGUAGGAGGAUUCUGCUCGCUGCAAGGAAACAACCCACACCAUGUCAUCUGAUCAGACUUCUCAUUCCACUGUGCCACCUCUACAUUCUCCAAAGUCACCCGUAUGGCCUACUUUCCCCUUUAACCGGGAGGGAAGCAGGAUCUGUGAAAGGGGUAACCAUCUUCUUCGGGACUUGCCUAGCCCCCUUCCCACCAAAAGAACCAGGACAUACUCUGCGACCGCUCGUGCAUCUGCUGGCCCUGUCUACAAGGGUGUAUGCAAACAGUUUUCACGCUCCCAGGGCCAUGGUUUCAUCACCCCAGAGUCUGGUACAGAGGAUAUAUUUGUACAUGUGUCUGACAUUGAGGGGGAGUAUGUCCCAGUAGAAGGAGAUGAGGUCACAUACAAAAUCUGCCCCAUCCCACCGAAGAAUCAGAAGUUCCAGGCUGUAGAGGUGGUGCUAACCCACUUAGCUCCACACACAAAGCAUGAAACAUGGUCUGGUCAGAUAAUUGGCUCAUAAACUGCCUCUCUUUUCUUUCUUUUUUUCUUUUUUCUCCUUUUUUUAGCCUGUGAGCCAACUCUAUCAGGAAGUGGAGUUGGAUGGUAGUGUGGGUGGGGGAACAGCUGCAGGAGCAAUGGAAGAGAAGCCAGGCUGGGAUUGUUGUCGCAGUGUGACAUGUUUGCGUUUAUAUCUUGUCUUUUCUAAGAUUUACCUUUAUGUUUGUAAUUGUGCUUUUUCAAAAUGGCAAGCAGGAAAUUAGGAAAGAGCUGUGGGGUGGCUUCUUCUUAUGUGUCUUAAUUGUAUCUCUUCGGGCAAAAUCAGAGAUCCUGUUUUGUGUUUGUGUGUGUGUGUGCGUGUGUUCAUCAAGAAAGACUGGUAUCUUGCUGCUACCCUGAGCACGUUCAAAAAGAUCAAUCUAUAAUCAUGGUCCUUAGAACACAAAUUUCUAUUGGUUUCUCCAGAGAAGUUGAGACCAGAGUGCUCUCCCCAGGGUGCAUUAAGUUCUCUUUUGGGCCAGAGCAGGUACUAAUGGAGAUCCAGGGAAAAUUCUCCACAAUCCUGAAAAUAUUGGGGCAGUAGUGUCUUCCAGAGCCUUUCUUAAAUGGUGCCAUCUGCCGAGAUACUUGAAGGUGUUUGGUUUCUCCCAGUUAUCUUAUCCUGUCCAAGGAAGGAACAGAUUUACACUUACCCCAGUCUAUAGAUAGUACUUUUUUGGGUCUCUGCUCUUUUUUGCCCAACUCUACAGAUAAGGUCGAUAACUUUGCUACACAGCCAGAUGAGCUUUCAAUGUUGUUGUUGCUCUAGUGAUAGAUACUGUCUUUUUACUUGUAUCACAGGCAUGGCUGAAGUGGACUGCACAGAGCCAAUAGAAAUUAAAUACCUUAAAGAGGAGUGUUUAGGAAAGAAUAAAUGUGAUUGAUCCAUGAUCUCUUCCUCUGUGGUGUUAACAUUUGAAUUUGUCCUAUUGAUAUGGCAGAGAGAAAAUACUGUUUUUAUUUCGGUCAGAAGGGGCUAUAAUUCAAAGGAGAUGGGGGAGAAUGGGGCAUUGAACAGAAGGGGAUUCUGCUAUUGCAACUGGUCUUGGAGCAGUCAGAUUUUGUGAUCCUUCCAUCCUCAAAAUCAUUAUGUGAAGUGCUUUGCACCAGACGCGAUGGGUAUUCAGUGUUUUGAUACUAUAGAGCAGUUUAGGUGCUUCGAAAUAAUAUAGAGUAGGCAUUCUUUUAGUUGUCUUUUCCUUAAAGCCUUCAAAUUUUAAAUAUCAUGCAUAAAGUCUUAUACAUCACAAAUACUGUACAAAUCCUUCCCUUUGAAUGAGAUUGCAGAACUGUGACGCAGAUCCUAUUCUGUUUAAGCACACAGGCAGAGAGAAUGGAUAAAACAGAGAAUAUCAAUUUGAGGAGACAACUAGAAACAGAUCUUCCAGGCAAACUGAUCAUUCAUACAGAUCUUUUCUGCACAAGCUAAAAAUGCUUUUUCAGUCCUGCAAAUAAUCAGUCUAAGACCAGAAUAUUCCUGCUUUUGACUAAUCAAGCAACUUCUAAAAAAGCUAAACCUCAUGUGUGGCUUUCUGAGGUGAUAACCUUUGUAUGGCACCUAACUCUGCAUAACAUGCAUCUCCUCCCCUUGUAACCACCACACAACAGUGGUUUGUUCCAGAUAGUUCUAGUUGUGGCAGGGUUUUGUUUCCAAUUUACUUGACUGUACAGAUUUGUGACAGUUGCAUUAUGAUAGUAUAGACACAGUUCUCUUAUUUCUGUCCAUUGUGGUGAAGUCCUCUUCCCAUGUUUCUUUAAAAAAUACAGUUGCACUAUAUGGAGUAAAAUGAAUAGAAGUUCUCUUUAAUCUCUCAGUGGCUAUUAGCCACUGAUAAACCUAUUUUUCCAUGAAUCCCCUUUAAAAACCAUGUAAGCUAGUGGCCAUUACUGACAGUGAUUUCUACAAUGUAGUUAUUUGUGGACUGAAGAAGUACUUCCUCUUGUCAGUCCUGAGUCUGUUGCACAUCUAUAUCAUUGGAUGCCCCUGAGUUCUAGUAUUACAGGAAAUCCACUUUUUUUACCCCAUACAAAACUCUAUAAACUUCUCUCAUGUCUUUUCCCUGAGCAAUUUUUCCUUCUAAACUGAAAACCUGUGUCUUUUCAGCCUUUAUUUUUAUUUAUUUCUACUCUUUCAUAGUCUGCCUUUCUCAGGGGCAUCAAACCCUUAAUCAUCAUGGAUGCCUUCUUCUGAACUUUUUUCACCUCUACAGUAUCUUUUUCAAGCUAUGAGAACCAGAUAUCCGUACAGUAUUGCAAACGAUGCUUCACAAUAGAUUUAUAUGAGGCAUUACAAUAUUGGCUGGAUUUUUUCCCCAGCCCCUUUCCUAAUAAUCCUCAACAUGGAGUUUGCCUUGUUUUACUGCUGCCACACAGUGAAUGGACAUGUUCACUGAGCAAUCCAUUACAACCUUAUGAUCUCUUUCCCUCUCAGUCUCCACCAACUUGGAGUGUUGAGGGAACAUGGAUUGGGGCCUUAGUGUGGGGGAAGGAGGGCUUCCCUGUGCUGUUCUUCCCAUAUGAAUCGUGCACAGCCUGGAGCUGCCAAACAGACAUCAUACAGGUAUCUCUGUGUUCUCUUUAUGGGACAAAUAACUAUAUGAUGACUUGUUUUGGAGGGGAGGAAAGGGUUAAUCCCUUAAUGCAACCACAGUUCAAAAUGGGGAGGGGACUGUGAAUGCUUUCAAGCCUUAAAAAAGGAGAAUUCUAGGAACAGAUCUCCCACGACCAUGACUAGUUUGAUCCCACUGCUCACGGGUCUCCUGUAAAAGCAUCAGUAUGUAUUUAAAAGGAAGGCAAAACAAAAAAAUAUCUUUCAGCUAAAAGAAUCUUUGCUGGAAGAUUAUUCUUCUGUAGUAACAUUUGAAAUAGAAUGGAGUGACUGGGAUCCAUCUGUUCUUUCUACAUGGGCAAUGGUGGCUUUUGACAGUGCAGUUGGAAACAGAGAUCAUCAUUUUAUUUUACUACAUCUUCCAAGACCAGUAUUUUCAUCUUUGGUAGUACUUUCUAGUUGUAUUUCCUGGAUGUUGCAGGUAACGUUUUUUCUUUGAAUGGAAUUUUCUUGGGCUAGUUCUCUUACUUUCUGCAUCUCCUGCAACCUUAUUAUGGAGAUUGUGUGUAGUUCUUGAAGUCAAUGUGGGUUUUGUGAGAGAGAUGGAAGAGUGGGGGUCCCAAGGGGGGCAUGUGGAGCACUGACAGAGCUUCUGUCACUUAUGUUUUGGUCUGUUCAGUCUUCCCAAAAUGUUUACUUUUCUCCCAAGGAUAUACAGGGUCAUGUCUAAAGCACAAACAUUUCUAAUACUAAUCUAGACAUUCUAAGUAGAAAGAUUUGCUAAGUUAGAGUGAGCAUGUCAUGAGUCUACAUGGUGAUAGUCCAGUAGUAGCUAGCUAGCCAGAAUCUGAAGUUCAGCAAACUAGGAUAUGUCUACGGCAAUGCUAUCUGAGGUCGCUUGCCUUUGUGGAGAACCUGAAAGCAUAUCUUAGUUCAGUCUGAUACACUAGAAAGAAGUGCCACUGUUCACGGGGCUCAUGAGGGUAUCUAAGUGGAAGUUGACCAUCCACUGGAAAUGUGCCUGUGAGGGACUGAGGAUUCAGGAUGCUCUUGGAUGCCUUGCAGGGAAGUAAGACCCUGCAGAAUGCUAGAACCUUGAGAACGAAGCUGGUUCUUUAAAGGUGUGUGUUUUUGUGGGAGGGAGUGCAUCUCCAAAGAGACUUUAGGAGGCUGUAUGCUGAUUGGUAGCUAAUAUACAAAUGACUUUCAUAAUUCGCAUCUCUGGGACUUCAGCACGCAAAGAUACUCAGCCUCCUGCUAUUAGGGGUGUGUGUAUGUAUGAAAAACUGACCAACUAGAUUACGAUGUUCACUCUGUGUGACUAGGUGUAUGAUGGUGGUGUGCUCUGGCAGGGCAUCAUACUUCCUCCAAGGAUGCUUCAGUUCAACACCACAAAGCCUAACCAUGAUCAUGGGAAAUUUUAUGCAGAGGUGCCCGAAGAAGGCAGCACUUCUCAAUUGUAUUAAUCCUGGAAGAUUAAGAUCCUGGAAGUCCUGGUAGGUGAGGAACUUCCAGUAAGUACAUGGGCAUUAGUCUUCAAAUGAUAGGGACUCAUAUUCAUAACAGCCCAUAGUUUAAUAGAUCAGCCCAAGUUUAGCUUUCUGGAGAGGUUAUACCAUUUUAGAGGGUGAUGGUGGCAGCAUCUUUUGUUUUUUCACAAAUUCCCUGUAUGUAGAAAGGAGCAUAAUAUGAAGAGAAAUUCUAGCCUAGGGCAUAAUUACAUGACAUGCCUGGCAUGUCUCGGGUAAUGGGUGUGUGAGUGGACUUGCAGUCAGACAUACAUUAGGGGAACUCUGUUUGUUUGCCUGGUGCUCUGUUGGGGGAGAAGGAGCUUCCAGUUCUCCUCUUCCCCUGCUUUUGCUAGCAAAAAGGGCAGUGUUGGGGCUUUUGGCCCCUUUUCUCUGGGUUGACAUACCUAGGAAGCAGAUGUGCAGCUUAGAGAUAAAGGUCAAAAAAACCCUGCUGCCCUUUCUGCUGGCAAAAGAGGGAUGGGAGAGAAAUCAGACACUUGUUCUCCCUCCUGGCAGUGCAGAGCAAACAAGCACUUUUUAAAGUGAGCUUCCCCGAUGUAUGUCUGACUGCAAAUUCAGUCAUGAACCCAUGACCUGACAUGUGUUGGGUGUAUUGCGUAGUUUGGGUAUAUUGCCUACUCUUUUCCCUGAUAUCUUAGUUCUAAAAUGCAAGGAAUAUAUGUGGAGGAAUAUUAAAAUGUGACUUUCUUCAUGGGCUGUAUGAAACAAAGUCCAGGAAGACUCUACCAUGUGACGUAGUUCUGCUCCUGAUGUUCAAACAUAAAUGAGUGGCUUUGAGCAGCAAUUCUAAGGGCAGCUAACUAUGUUCUGGGAAGCAAACUAAAGUUCUCCUUUCUGAGACUUCUCCCUCCAGUAUUCCAAUCUGAUAAGUUAUAAGAAUGAUUUUGGCCCUUUUGAACAGAAAGAGGAAUGUUCAGUGUUACCUUAGAGAUGAGAUAGGAUAUUUAAUUGGAUCUUCUAACUCUUUUUAAUUUACUGGCGGUCAUGGGGGAGGAUUUCCUAGUUUGAUUGGAGAAGUGGGACUGAGACAAAUGGUGUUUUGAUACUUUCUUUCUCAUGCAACUUCCCCAGUCUUAAUUUAAUUUUGUGAAGGUGCUAUUAGUUUUAUGGGAGAAGGGAGUGCCAGUAUUUCUUUUUCUCCCCACCCCAUACCAAUUUCAGCCAGAGAUUUAGAGGAUAGAAAUAACAAGAGAUUAAAUAAUCUACUCUGGGUGAAAUCAGAGUGAUGACUCACCACUACCGCCCCCACCCCCCAACAGCACUUUACAUUUAAAAAAAGAGUAAAGAAUGCUAAUCACCGAUCUCCUGCAUCAUGUCUGUUUUGGCCUUUAGAAUCAAAUUCUACUUCAGUGCCCUGGGUAAAUCUGUAUGGGUAAGAGGUACAAUGGGACACUGUGUGUUUAAAAGGGUCUUUAAAAUGAACAGAUGAGCUCUUGCAAUGUCAGUGUUUGGGGAAGGCACUCUUUUGGACCUUUCACCAAGGUGCAACGACUGCAUUCUAGAGCCAACGGAAGAACAAAGAAAGGGCCUAGAGGCAGCCGUUUUCCUCUCCUUGCAGUGUAGCCAGGCCCAUGUGUGUAACCUGUUUUCAGUGACAGCCAGGGUGGUCUGCCACUGGUCUGCUUAUAUCAAAUCAGCAGCUUCCAGCUACUGCCCCCUCUCCUUGAAGGUGUAAUACCCGGGGGAGAGCCAGGAAACUGUGACUUCUAUGGGAAUGCUGUUGGUUCUUUCAGAAAUAACCUUGUUACCUAUGGAGUCCUUUGUGUUCUACAACUUUAGUGUGGUCCUUACCUGUUCAAUCCCAUGUUGACCUUUGUAACACUGGCAAUAAACUAU